AUGGCGAGCGCCAAGAGCCUACUCGGGUCGCUGCCAGCGCUCGUGGCCCUCGACGUCGGCGCGACCACCUCGGACGUGCGCACCUCGCUCAAGAGCAGCCUCGACAACGCCAGUCUCCGCGUCGCGGAAGGCCUCCUCGGCGAGAUGGACGCGGUGCUGGCGUCAAUCAGCGCGCUCAAGCAGCAGGCAGAGGCCAUGGACGUCACGUGCCAGCACGUUUCUGCGUACCUCGACACGACCGAGCGCACGUCGAACGCGUUCGUCGCGCAGGCCGCGGCCCUCACGGGCGAGCAGCGCGCGCUACAGUCGACUCCCGUCGACGUCGCGCUCCUCGACGCGCCUGCGCUCGAUGGCAACGACGACGCCAUGGCCGUCUUCUUUGACGUCCUCACGCCGUCCACUCACCUGUGA